AUGUCGGACAUGUUUCCAUGUUUUUCAUUUUUCCAGGGUAGUAAAAGAUUAUUAAAAAAAACAAUAUACGAUUUAUUAAUAUUGAAAAAAAGAAAUCACGGACGAGAUCAUAGAGAAACAGUUCACGAUACUUUACCAUUUCAAAUAAAAAACGUACCGAGAUUUACGUUAAUGUUUACGUUAUAUUCAGCAAUAGGAAUCGGUGUCCCAUUUUAUCAAUGGAUUGAGGGUGUUAAAAAAAUGGGAAAAAAAUAA